UACUGCACAGAGCUUCCACAGGCGCCUGCCCCCCCUGACCUGGCCCGCAUCCAGCCUAGUCCACGCUCCGAGCUGAGAGAGAAAGAGACAGAGCCAGAGAGCAGGCGUGCAUGGUGCAUUUCUGACUGGGCAGAGAGCGAAAGUGGUUGACCGACAGCAGCGAACGGCAAGGUGAACCACAGGGUUAGGGUCAGCUCCGCCACUCUCCUGGCUUCAUCCCCGUACCUGCAGCCUAAAGCUCUGUAGACAUGGAGGUGCUGGAAAUCGCCAGCCUGCAACCCGAUGCUCCUGAGCAGCGCAAGUCCCUCACUGAGAUCUCUGACGACGAGGUCAACCUUCCUCCCUCGGACGACGAGGAGGAGGCCGGUGUGGACAUCAAAGUCGAGAGGGACAUGGAGAAAGACCAGGCAGAGGAGGAUGCUAAGGGUGACGGGCAGAUGAACGGCGUGAUGGUGCUGACACUGCUGGAUAAAAUCAUUGGGGCGGUAGACCAGAUCCGCCAGACGCAGGCCGGACUGGAGGCUCGGCAGCAGGAGAUGGAGCGCUCGGUGUCGGGCAUCCAGGGCGAGCUCACCAAGCUGUCCAAGAGUCACACCACCACGGCCAACUCUGUGAACAAGAUGCUGGAGAAGGUGAGGAAGGUGAGCGUGAACGUGAAGACGGUGCGAAGCAACCUGGAGAAGCAGGGCAGUCAGAUCAAACGCCUGGAGAGCAACGAGAACGAACUCCUCAAGCGCAAGAACUUCAAAGUCAUGAUCUACCAGGAUGAAGUAAAACUUCCCUCCAAACUAUCAGUGUCCAAGUCCCUGAAAGCGGCCCAACCAGGAGAGGGCGAGAGCGAGCUAGAGCUCAAACAGGCCGCCGACGAGGCAGGAGAGGAUGGAGGAGAGAAGGCCCAUCUGGACCUGUCCUCGGACGAGGAAGCGGUUGAAAUCGAGGAAACCAUCGAAGAGACUAGGGCAGAACGCAUCAAGCGGAGCAGCCUGCAACGGGUCCAGAACAUCAAAACGGUCUUCUCCAAGGAAAAGAUGGAAAAGACCAAGCAAAAGACGAAGGAGAACCUAGAGAAAACCAGGCUGAGGACCAAAGAGAACCUGGAGAAGACACGUAUGAAGACCAAAGAAAACCUGGAAAAGACCAAGCAAAAGACCAAAGAGAACCUAGAGAAGACCAAGCUGAAGACACGGGAGAACCUGGAGAAGACACGGCAAAACAUUGAGAAGAAAAUGGGCAAGCUCAGCAGCCGCAUGUCUGUCAACCCUGAACGGAAAGAGAAGCUGAAGAGCUCGCAGAAGAAGGUGGUGAAGUCCUUCACGCCCGACCACACCAUUUACGCUCGGUCCAAAACGGCUGUGUACAAGGUGCCACCGUUCACCUUCCACGUGAAGAAGAUCCGUGAAGGAGAGGUGGAGAUCCAGGGCACAGAGAUGAUUGAAGUAGGUGGGGAGAUGGAGGAGGUAGACAAUGAAGUGGUGGAGGGAGAAGAGGAGGAGGAGGAGGAGAUGGAGAUGGGGGGAGGAGAUAUGGGAGAAGUGGAAGAGACAGGGGAGAUGCUGGAGAGAGUGGGGGAUGCAGAAUUGGUGCUCGUGGAACAGGAUGAGGACAGAGACAGUGACUAGUUUGUGUUGUGGGUUUGCAUGUUGGUGUGUGGGUGUGUUUGUGAGUUAGGCCCAUAAGUCUGGAGGAUAUUUUACACUGCAGGUGCUGGAGAUUGCUGGGGAAGUGUGUGUGUGUGUGUGUGUGUGUGUGUGUGUGUGUGUGUGCGUGUGCGUGUGCGCGUGCAUGCGUGUGCAUGUGUGCAAGCAUGCAUGCACAUGCGUUUGCAUUUCAUGAUGAAAAACUUUGAAAAUAAAGUCUCUUUAUAAUGUAAUGGUCAUCAAAAGUUAAAAGUUGACCUACUUUAAGUAAAGUGACCUACUCUAAGUAGAGUAAGUAUAAGUCAACUGAUUACUCAAAGAAUCAGGAGACCUAACCAAUGAAAUAGCAGCCAGAGGUGAUGUGGAUCAUUACUGUCAUUUAGUAAAGAUGAGUUAGAUGGAAGGAUUAAGAGAAUUGUGGGAAAGUAACAGAUAAAAGAAGGACUGUUGUUUCUGGUGAAGUAGAACAUCUUACUUUUUCUUUCUUUUCUUUAAUGUACUACUAUCACAUUUAUUUAGAGCUCAUCAAUAAGAUUCAAAACCAGAAACACAUACAACACACACACACACACACACACACACGCGUGCACACACACACACACACAC